AUGGCAAAAAAUCCGGUGCCGCAGCGGAGUUUCAGAGCCGCGCACUCCUUGUUGUUACUUGGGUUCUUCUUUGGAGUGAGCCAUGGCUUGGCAGAUGUUUAUCUACCAGCUGAAAAUCAAGUGAUACAUGGAGGAAAGCUAGCCACUGAGUACUUUACCUACGACGCUCCAGAGGAGGAUCAGGACCCGACUCCCUGGCAAUCGGCCAGACAGUUGGCCCAGGUGCUCUCCCCGCCGCAGCAGGUGGUGUUCAUCAGGACACCGGAAACGAACCUCUUUUCCCUCACCGCCAAGCAACUGGCGGUUAACAAUCCACUGGACAUCUUUGUGCUCCACCGGCAGACGGAUGCAGAUGCUCUGGCCAAGCAGCAGGCCUUGAUCCAACAGCAGGCCACGGAGAAGCCCUCGGUGCACUUUGUGAAGUACAGAACUCCAGCGGAUGUAACCAGGGCUCUGAGUGCUCUGAGAAGCGAUUACGAUAGACUGCCGGGCAAUACUAUCAAUCAUGCCAUAGAAAAAGCCGAUGUUGUGCAGCUAAAGCCUCAGUCAACGGAGACGCCAGUGAUCUUCAAGAUACGUCCCAAAGAUAGUCCCGAUUACGAGACUCAUGAGCAGGCCACUGAAUUGGAAACGGCCCAACUUCAGGCCUUAUUCCGGGAGUAUUUGCCACCCGGAAAAAGACGUUAG